AUGUCCUUGCCCACCGGGUACUACGCGUUCGAGUGGAGCGGUGGAACCUUCGAGGUGCAGCUGCGCCCGGGCGGCGAGUUUUGGUGCCCACGCUUCGCUGCGCCGGCGACAUGGCAGUUUUCCGGCGGCACUCUCGCCAUCGACUGGGGCAAGUAUGGCGAGUACGUCCUCCGCCUCUCGGGCGACGCGCUGGCGGGCGGGGCGCGCGGCAAUGAGUCGGACUGGCGAAAGAUGCGGUUUCUGCGCGCUUUCACGCCGCAGGAGGCGCUCGUGUCUGCUUCGGUGUGGCGGCUGCGCUCGGGCGACGAGGAGCCGCUGCUGGUUCAGUUCCGCGCGGACGGCCGGUUCGUCUGCCCGUCUCGGCCGGGCACCUUCUCGUACCGCCUCGAGGGAGAUUCGGUGCUGAUCGAGUGGGACAGCCUCUCGAACGACCGCCUUCAGCUCGACAUGGCCGCCAAGGCGAUGGCUCGGCGCGUCGGCCGCCCGCUGUCCGGCUUACCUGGAGCGGCUAGUGGUCCAUACUUCAACCUUACCCCAGUUGUUCACUAUCAGGCGCCGGCAAAGGCGAAGCUCUCGUGGGGCAUGGAUGUGCCGGAGUACUGCACGCCGGGCGCCCCGGCGAGCGGCGCGAGCGGCGGCGGAGGCUCGAACCGCGACUAG